AUGCACUCAGUGGACAAGCAAUCUCCGAUGAGCGAGACGCAAGUUCGCGGUGCGGCAGUGUAUAAAGUACCAUGUACCAUGUACCAUGGAAUCAGGCAGUCAGGCAGUCAAGUCAACUGGCAUGGACGUGGUGAUACCCGAGUAGCCUCUCCGCCGCCCACCAACCCGCAACCCCGUGUCCAUAGCGACGGCCUCUUGCGGCGCCUCAUCUGGAACAAGGCAGUUGCCUUUGGCCUGGUCGCAGUCCUUGCCUACCUGCUCUCUAGUUCCGUCCACGUCCGCUUCUUCCCCCCACCUCCACCUUCACCACCACUCGACCACCCCUCUGCCCUAUUCCCCGGCGCCUUCACUCCUGCACAGACAGCUGCCCCCUCUCCGCGCGCCCAAGGCACCCUCGUUCCCCCCAUGGCGCUGAAUAGCACGACCGGGGCCGCGAGCCUCGCGCGGGUCUACGCAGAUGUCAACGCCAACAUGCCCCGCUCGUACUGGGACUACGACUCGGUCAACAUAUCCUGGGGUGUGCUCGAAAACUACGAGGUGGUCCGCAAGAUUGGCCGCGGAAAGUACUCGGAAGUGUUCGAGGGCAUCAACGUGGUCAACUACCAGAAAUGCGUCAUCAAAGUCCUUAAGCCGGUCAAGAAGAAGAAGAUAAAGCGAGAAAUCAAGAUCCUGCAGAAUCUUUCUGGUGGUCCCAACAUCGUCUCGCUGCUGGACGUGGUGCGCGAUAACCAGGUUAGUGACGGUUCCGACUGGGUUGGCGACUGGAGUAAGACCCCUUCGCUGAUCUUCGAAUAUGUCAACAACACCGACUUUCGAAGUUUGUACCCCAAGUUCCAGGACUACGAUGUGCGGUACUACAUUUUUGAGCUGCUCAAGGCCCUCGACUUCUGCCACAGCAAAGGCAUCAUGCACCGCGAUGUCAAGCCUCACAACGUUAUGAUCGAUCAUGAGAAGCGGAAGUUACGGCUCAUUGAUUGGGGUCUCGCCGAAUUCUACCACGCGGGCACCGAAUACAACGUGCGUGUUGCGUCGCGGUAUUUCAAGGGCCCCGAACUCCUUGUCGAUUUCCAGGAGUACGACUAUUCGCUCGACAUGUGGUCAUUGGGUGCCAUGUUUGCGUCCAUGAUCUUCAGGCGGGAACCAUUCUUCCAUGGUAACAGCAACUCUGACCAGCUGGUCAAGAUCGCGAAAGUGCUUGGAACGGAGGAUUUAUUCGACUACCUCGACAAGUACGACAUUGAGCUAGACGCUCAGUACGAUGACAUCCUUAGCAGGUAUCCCAAGAAGCCUUGGCACUCCUUCAUCAAUGCGGACAACCAGCGAUUCGUCAGCAACGAUGCAAUCGACUUUCUGGACAAGUUACUGAGAUACGACCACCAGGACCGACUCACGGCACAGGAAGCAAUGGCACACCCUUACUUCUCGCCCGUCCGACAAGCUGCCCAGCAAAAUAGCACGGCGGCAUGA